UAAUUCUGCUCUCCGACGGUCCGAUCGCUAGGCAGCUCAAACAUCAUUGAUUCGUCUACGCCAAUGCCGAAAUUAUCGUCAGCCACAUUACUAGCAGAAAUAAACAAUUCACCGGAAGUAAAAACAUUUCGAAUACGAGGAUAUAAAAUUUCGGAUUUUGUUUGCGCUAUUGCUUGGAAUACAUUUCGAAAUGGUUAUUAUCACAGUGCCCUAUGUCAAAAAUGAGAGCCUUUUCGACAUAUCGAAGAUGUUGCAGGCAAAAGUACAAGAUGCUAUAAGGUGGACGCAAGAACAAAACCUAUCCGAUACGUUCAGUCCAUUAUUGUGUGGCGUUGCAGUGGCCUUAUUUUCCUGUAUGCUGGUGUAUUUCGACAGCGACGUCCCUGGUAUAAGUCCGCCCUCUCCCUUUUCACCACUGAAACAGACUUACCGCCGCGAACGACGUAGUGCCUUACAUUUGGGUUAUAUAACCGCAAUAGCAGCGGGUGCAAUAGUCAGCAUUUUUAUGUACUGUGAUUUCCCUAUAAACUGAAGUAAUUUAUGUUUAAAAGUAAGUUAAAUGAAUCUGAAUUAGUUUAAUUCUAGUACAAAUUAAUUUAAGUACGCAAAACUAAUAAACAGAACUAUUCCUUAUUCGUUUUGAAGUAAAACAAAGGAGGCGACGUUUUGUAUACGAAGCGGCCAAUGACGCGCAAGAAGCGUCCUACAAGAUAAGAGUAAUAUUCUAAAAAAAAAAAAAAAUAAUAGAUAAUCGGUUAUCCGAUUCGAAUCCACGUAAAUUAAAAUCAUAAUAAAAAAAUCUU